AAAAAAAAAAAAAAAGGAAAAGAAAAAAGGCAAGGGUUUUACAGUGAGAGAGUAGAGAGUGGUUUUCGAACCCUACGUUUUGGAUCUCAAGCUCUUUCUUGCUCUAAGGGCCGUGGAGGAGGAGGAGGACAUAGCUGAAUCGGAGCCUAAUCAAAAAAGCUUUUUAGCCUCUCUGCGUCGCGUUUGGCUGCCAUUCACGGAAAAAAGAGAAAACCCAUUUUCCAUUCUUGACGGUCGAAAUUGGUUUCGUGCAACGACAGGGGUCUCUUUCAGUUGGAGGAGGGGGCCUACCUAUUUCACUCACAGUAAUUGAAGGUUGAAAGGGCUCUCUCUCUUCUGGAGAAGCAAAAUGGAAGGGUUGGAACAAUGGAAGAUUCAGGCGGAGCAAUGGUCCCAGCAAGCUCUCCAAUACAUUCAUCAAAUUCCCCCAAAUCAGCUCUACGCCGCUCUUGCUGUGUUGCUUUUCCCUAUUAUUUUCAUCUUCUUCGUUCGGUUGUUUAAACGCACAAAAUCAAACACCAUUAUACUUAGUGGGCUUAGUGGGAGUGGAAAGACUGUCCUUUUCUAUCAGCUGCGGGAUGGCUCGUCUCAUCAGGGUACUGUUACAUCCAUGGAACCAAAUGAGGGGACCUUUGUGCUCCAUUCAGAGGAAACGAAGAAUGGAAAGAAGAAGCCAAUUCAUCUUGUUGAUGUGCCUGGCCAUUCUCGUCUUCGACCUAAACUAGAGGAGUUUCUGCCACAAGCAGCUGGUGUGAUUUUUGUGGUGGAUGCGUUGGAAUUUUUACCAAAUUGCCGUGCUGCUUCAGAGUACCUCUAUGAUCUUUUGACAAAUGCGAGUGUUGUGAAGAAGAAAAUUCCAGUGCUCUUACUAUGCAAUAAAACAGACAAGGUGACAGCACAUACCAAGGAAUUUAUACGAAAACAAUUGGAGAAGGAAAUUGACAAAUUGCGGGCAUCCAGAAGUGCUAUAUCAGCAGCUGAUAUUUCCAGUGACUUUACACUUGGGGUACCUGGAGAAGCAUUUUCAUUCACUCAAUGCCCAAACAAAGUUACAGUUGCAGAAGCUUCUGGUUUGACUGGUGAGAUAUUUCAGGUGGAGCAGUUUAUCAGGGAACACGUAAAGCCCUAAUUGGGCUUUUAUAUAAUUUUUUGAGGUUGUAGUUUUUUAUGCUUUAAGAGCUUGUUUGGCUAUUGAGUUGUCAUCUACAGAGGCAACAAAACUGCCAAACACUGUAAAGUUUGCAGAGGAAAGUGGAGGAAGGUAUUUAGAGGGAAGGAAGAAACCAAAAAAAUAAAAAUAAAAAUGAGGGACAGAUAACAUUGUAUGUUAGUGUUUGACGAUUGAGUCUGCAUGGAAUAUGAAUAUAAAUCGCCUGAGGUGGUUCAUUUUGAUUCAAAAUAUAUUAAAGUCAUUAUAACUUAUUGUUGCUUUUGGAA